AUGAUAUUGUAUAUACAGUAUGUAUCCUACCCGUGUUCAACCACCGGCGGUCGGUUUCUUUCACACACCCCUCGGCUGCGCUUAUAUCAUCCUCAGGUGAACAAUUACGCCAAUGUGGACCUCAUUUGUCAGAUUGCGCGCAGUGAACAGGUCGAUGCCGUUUGGCCAGGCUGGGGUCAUGCCUCGGAGAACCCGCGGCUUCCGGCGAAGCUCAAGGAAUUGAACAUCACCUUCAUUGGCCCCUGCUCGCCUGUGAUGUCUGUCCUGGGCGAUAAGAUUGCCGCUGGGAUUUUGGCGCAAACCGCAGGCGUCCCGUCGAUUCCCUGGAGCGGCGACGGCCUCACGGCCCAGCUGACGGCGGAGGGGACCAUCCCGGACGAGACCUUCAGGAAGGCGUGUCUCAACAGCGUGGCCGACGCCGUGCGCUGUGCCGAGCGGAUCGGCUACCCGGUGAUGCUCAAAGCCUCAGAAGGCGGUGGAGGCAAGGGCAUCCGAAUGUCCAACAGCAAAGAGGAACUGGAACAGAAUUUUGUUCAAGUCCAGUCAGAGGUGCCGGGAUCUCCAAUCUUCAUGAUGCAAUUAUGUACAGGUGCACGGCACAUUGAGGUGCAGAUCAUGGGUGAUCAGCACGGGCAAGUCGUGGCGCUAAACGGCCGCGACUGCUCCACCCAGCGGCGCUUCCAGAAGAUCUUCGAGGAAGGGCCACCCGUGAUCGUUCCAAAGGCAACCUUCAAGGAGAUGGAGCGCGCGGCGCAGCGCUUGACGCAGUCCAUUGGCUAUGUGGGUGCCGGCACCGUGGAGUAUUUGUACAACGCGAAAACCAACAAGUUUUACUUCUUGGAGCUCAAUCCACGACUGCAGGUGGAGCAUCCGGUGACGGAAGCCAUCACCAACGUGUAUUGCUCAGGCACUGAAGAAUCGACGGCGAUGCGUGUUGCACUCUCCGCGCGCAAGCGGUUGGCCUUAACUGACCGAACGUCGCGCAUCGACUUCAUGAAGCAGGACUACGUGUAUCCCAAGGUGCAUUGCCUGGCCGCGCGGAUCACGGCCGAAAACCCCGACGAUGGCUUCAAGCCCACGAGUGGGAAGAUCGAACGCAUCAAGUUUCAGAGCUCCGUGGCCUGCUGGGGGUACUUCUCGGUUUGGACACAUGCAGCCAUCCACGAGUUCGCCGACAGCCAGUUCGGGCAUCUCUUCGCGCGGGGCGCCGACCGGGAGGAGGCACGGAAGACCCUGGUCCUGGCACUGCAAAACCUGGAGGUGGUGGGUGAGAUUCGACCCUUCGGAUGGACUUGGGGAGACAGCACGGAUGGGAAGCGAGGACGCUGGAGAGAGGAACCCCCCACGGACUAUUUGGUGCAACUCCUGCAAGCAGAGGCCUUUCGUGUGAACAGCAUCGACACCAGCUGGCUGGAUGGGCUGAUUCGCGAGCGAGCUGUACGACUGAAGUACGAGCAGACCGACGUGGUCUUCUAUGCCGCCGUCCUGCGUGCCUUCCGUGCGUUGCAGGCCAAGGAUGCGGAGCUGGUGAAGUCCAUCGAGAAGCGCCGCUUGGGGCUCUUGCAUCAGGUCAAGGGCUCCUGUUCCAUGAACCUGGAGAUCACCUUCGAGGGCCUCCGCUAUCACUUUGACGUCACCCGGGUUGCACCGGAUGCCUUCCUCUUCAAGAUUUCGGGCGGACCAGUGAUCGCUGCGCAGGUGCGGGAGCAGCCCGAUGGAUCGCUCCUUGUCUCGAUCGACGGCAGCGUGCGGAAGAUCUCGGGCACCGAGGAAGCAUUGGGACUGCGCCUGCGCUUGCAAGGCGUGGGCACCGUGCUCCUGCCCACCGUUUUCGACGCAUCCGAACUGCGUUCCGACUUCAAUGGCAAAGUGAUGCGAUACCUGGUGCCCGAAGGCGCGUUCCGAGGAGGCGGCCUGGUGAAGAAGGACGAGGCCUACGUCGAGUUGGAGGCCAUGAAGAUGAUCAUGCCCCUCAAGGCACGGGCCACUGGCAAGUUGAAGCAGCUCAAGGGUCCCAACAGCAUCGUCCAAGCAGGUGAGCUCUUGGGCACCCUGCAGUUGCAGGACCCCAGCAGCGUGCAGCAGCUCAUCGGCUUCAAGGGUGACUUCCAAUUGCCCGCAUCGAAGGCGUCUGGACUGGACUCUUUGGGCUACACUGCGCUGAAGAAGGCACUGCUGGCCUUGGACGGCUUCGAAUGCCUGGGAAGCGCAGAGGACUUAGCGCAGGAGAUCUUCCUCCAGGAGCUGGGCCUCAGCGAAGAGGAGAACACUGAGCAACAGCUCCAGGCAGCCACGCAGCUCUUGGAGUACUACUUGCAGGUCGAGCGGCGCUUUGGGCCACUCAUGGCCGGUGGAGAGGACUUGGCUGUGAGUCAAGUCCUCCAGGACAGUGAGCCGUCAGGUUUCACCGUCCAGCUGGGACUGCUGCGAGCGCACAGCCAGCUGAAGCUCCGCAGCGAGUUGCUGGCCGGCGUCAUGGAGCGCUUGAAGAGCUUGCCCGUCCACGAGCCGCGCCCCAGCGACGACAAGCCUAGAGCAGUGUCGGAGGGCCUCCUGAACCGAGAGGUCUCGCAGAAGACCUUGCGCCACAUCCGUGAAGAAGGCCACUGGAAGCGCUUGAGCGAGCUGUUGUCCGAGCUCUCGGAGAUGCCCAGCCACGGCCACUACUCCCCGGUGGCCCGGCGCGCUGCCUUUGUCAGAUCUUAG